AGAGCAGGCCCAGUUAAAAGCCAGCGUGGUUGAGGAGGACACCGAGGAGUGGCAAAAAGAUUCAAGUUUUACGGGACUGAAGAGAGUGGGAGGUGUGGACUUAUCUUAUAUCAAAGGGGAUGACACCAGCGCCUGCGCUUCCCUGGUCGUUCUCAGCUACCCAGCUCUUGAGGUGCUGUAUGAGGAUUGCCGGAUGGUGGCUGUGCGUGCCCCGUACGUGGCAGGAUUCUUAGCCUUCCGAGAGGUCCCUUUCCUGGUGGAUUUUCAGGAGGAGCCCAGCCUCAAACCUCAGGUACUUCUUGUAGAUGGGAAUGGCCUGCUCCAUCCCAGAGGAUUUGGUGUGGCCUGCCACCUCGGAGUCCUGACGGAUCUGCCGUGCGUUGGAGUGGCCAAGAACCUCCUGCAGGUGGAUGGCUUGGCCAGGGAUGAGCUGCACAGAGAGCAGAUCCGUUCCCUGCAGAGGGGAGGAGAUACGUUCCCACUGACAGGCACCUCGGGGAGAGUCCUAGGCAUGGUCCUGCGUAGCUACAACAACAGCUCUAAGCCGCUUUAUAUCUCUGUGGGCCACAGGGUGUGCCUGGAGACAGCCGUGCGCCUAGUCAAGUCCUGCUGCAGGUACCGGAUCCCGGAGCCCAUCCGUCAGGCUGAUAUAAGAUCGAGGGAGUAUAUUCGGAAGCAGCUGUGUCCACCACUGGAGGUCGUAUAUUCUGGACCCGAGAGAGCCCUGUGUCCUAGGCUGGGGAAGGUCGUUGGGGAUUUGGUCCGUUUCUGGCGCCUGCGAUAA